UGCCUCCCUGGGAAUAUAAAGAGCAAGCAGUGAGGCCCCGCCUCAGAGCACCCUAAACUUGACACCAUGAAGAUCCCAGUUCUUCCUGCUGUGGUUCUUCUCUCUCUUUUGGCACUCCACUCUGCUCAGGGGGCUACCCUGGGUAGUUCUGAGGAAGAAAGCACCAUUGGUAAUUAUGCAGCAGGACCUGAGGCCGUUAGCCCUCAGUUCCUGAACAUCGAAAAGUUUCGAUCUGCUUUUAAGACUGAUGAAUUCCUGAACUGGCAUGCCCUCUUCGAGAUGAUCAAAAAGAAGCUUCCUUUCCUUAACUGGGAUGCCUUUCCUAAGCUGAAAGGAUUGAGGAGUGCAACUCCUGAUGCCCAGUGAUUGGUUCCUUCAAGACCCAGCACUACUGAUACCUGCUGGAAGAGGGGGCUAAUAUGGGAUCUGAUUAUCCUGUAAUCAUUCUUUCUUUGCUCAAUAACUCCAAUAAAAUGUUUCCCAA